AUGGCUCCACGUGGUCGUGGUCGUGGGAAAUUUGUCCAUCCCGAUGGCCAUCCCAAUGCAACUUCCAGUCAAUCCAAGUCCCCUGGUUUUCCUGCGAAUCCGGCAAUUCGAAACUAUUUCGCACCCCCCAACCUGCCAGACGGGGUUCCCCUUCCGCGUGGACAAACGGAGGACUGGCGCAAAAAGUCCGAGCUUCCUACUACGGAAGAGAUUCUAGGAUUGAAUGACGGUUCGAGUGAUAUUCUGUUGCUUCCAAAUCAUAUAUUUGGUCCCUGGCCUUCGACGGAGCUUUAUCUCAACGCUCACUACAACUUGAUCCGCGAAGAUGCCGUCGCUAAUCUCCGAGAUGCAGUGCUUUACGUUCGAACCUAUCCGCGCAUGGGCGACAACGGUAACAUUGCAAUCUACGAGAAGGUUUUCAUUGUGCAAGUGACACUAACAACCUCGGGAAUUGCUUUCCGCGUUCAAUUCUCCACACGUCGCGCCGGCAAAAGAAUACAUUGGAAAUACUCCAGUCGCCUUAUUACCGGGAACAUCGUCGCUUUAUCCCCGGUGAAAGACUCUUUUUUCAACAAAGUGCAUUGUGGGUGUUGUUGCGGCGAGACCGAGGAUAUCAAGUUCGACCCCCAGCAAGAAUGGAUUAUGGUACAAGCACGAUCGGGGUAUUACGAGGCUCACCGACAUACUAUGAAAGCCUUACAGAAGCUGUCACAAGAACAAUUCCCACUCAAGCAACAUAUAUGCGCCUUGAAAACCGACAUUGGUGCACCUCAAUAUGUCUUGGACAAGCCAGUGAUAAACUUCCAAGCUCUCUCUCCGCCUACCACCGAUGGUAAUACGAGUUUCAACAUCCUCAAGGAUUUUCCUGCCACUCCGAUGGCAGGACUCAAUCCUCAUCAGGCCCCCCCAGGUACUGGCAAGACAUUUGUGUCAAUCAUCUUCUUGAAGCUCCUUUUGUCGCAGAUGACCCCAAACGAUCCUCCCAUCAUCAUUGCGACACAUACAAAUCAUGCACUGGAUCAAAUUCUCAGCAUCAUCGCUCAAUUUGAGGAUAAUUUUAUCCGAUUGGGGUCAAGAAGCAUAGAUCCCGAUAUUCGGAAGCGAAUGCUCUACGAGAUGAAGAAGUCUCUACCAAUGCCUACCAUAACCGGUGGACUUUUCAGCCCAGCAAGAAAUGAUCUUCAAAGGCUUUCCGCACAAGUAGCAGAGCUUCUCACGCCGUUCGACCAAGAGGGUAUUCAUGGCCCAAUCAAGGCAUCCACAUUUGCCGACUAUGGCCUGUUAACACAAAGUCAAUGCGAUUCACUCAUGGACCUCGAACGGUGGGGAUCAUCUGCACCCGCGGGAAAUGAUACAAAUCAUAUUGCAGCGUGGCUCGAUGAUCAGGUGAAAGAGCUAAAUCUCAAUCACUGGAUCGAAGAAAUUGUGUUCACUGAAGAUGAUAUCGACAUAGAGUACGAGCAGCUCAAAGAGCUCGAAGCAGAACAGGGACCAAACGAGGAUGAAUACGAGACUCUCAAUGGUAGAUCUCUUCAAUUCAGGACCACACAUCGGGGAGUUGAAGACUCAUCGUACUCAAAACAAGAGAUCCGACAUUAUCUCUCGAUGAGUGAUCUGAUGAAGAUUCCCGUGAAAGCACGAGGGCCUGUGUACAAUCUGCUGCGGGAUGAGCUUCUGGAUCUGGUGAAUGCUAAAUUGCGUACUGUUGCGAAGUCAUACAACUUCUACAGUGACAGACUUAAGGUCGGUAGGUGGGAGCGAGACUUCGAGAUCCUGCGGAAAGCCAAGCUAGUAGCCAUGACAACGACUGGGCUGAGCAAGUAUCGUGGGCUUGUAUCAAGCUUGAAACCUCGAACUGUACUAAUCGAAGAAGCCGCCGAAGUCCUAGAAGCUCCAACCACUGUUUCAUGCUUUGAAUCUAUCCAGCAGCUGAUUCUUGUGGGUGACCAUAUGCAACUAAAAGCGAAGUGUACGUUGAUGGAUCUUGCCGGGGAGCCCUUCUUCCUAGAAACUUCCAUGUUCGAACGCUUGGUCCGAAACGAUAUAGCUUACGUGCAGCUUCGGGAACAACGAAGAAUGGUCCCCGAUAUUAGAGAGCUUCUGAUGCCUAUCUAUGGCAGUCUGUAUGAUCAUCCCUCUGUGCUCAAAACUACCCCCAUCCCGGGAAUGGGUGAUCUUCGGUCGUUCUUCUUCACGCAUGAGUGGCCUGAAAGCGGAGACAGUCUCACUUCUAAGCUCAACGAAUGGGAAGCCAUCAUGGUUGUGGAGUUCUAUGUCUAUUUGGUGCUUAAUGGAAUUUCGAUAUUCGACAUGACCGUUCUGACGUUUUACAACGGCCAGAGGAAGUUGAUUCUCAAGCAUAUGAGGACAAAUAAGUACCUCGUUAAUCAUACACCCAAAGUUGUCACGGUCGACUCUUAUCAAGGAGAGGAAAACGAAAUUAUUCUACUCUCGCUCGUUCGGAGCAACAAGAGUAAUGGAAUCGGGUUUCUCGCCGCCGACAAUCGAGUGUGCGUUGCAAUCUCUCGGGCAAAAAGAGGCCUUUACAUGUUCGGGAAUUCUGAGACACUGGAGCAAUUCAGUCCUCUUUGGAACAGCAUCAUUUCGAUUCUUAGAUCUCCAAAUGGCGAUCCACGUAUUAGCGGCAUCCUUCCCCUGACCUGCAAGAAGCACAAAAAUGAAACCUUGAUUCGGGUGCCCGGAGAUUGGAAAACGAUCAAAGGGGGCUGCAGGGAAGCUUGCGGAGAGGAACUCGGCUGUGGGCACAAAUGCACGCUUUUAUGCCACGGCUUCGACCAUUCACUGGAAUGGACUACUUGUCAGCAAUCAUGCACCCAUGUGCAAAAGUGCUGCGAGUUGCCUUGCACAGAAAUCUGUGGAAAAUCUCAUCAUCACUCAUGCGACUGCAUGAACGACAAAUUCAGCACAAUGUCUAUCAUGGAAAAUCCCCGGGUUGAUCAUAGGGCUGGAAAGCCCGGGCCCAAUGGAGCUUCCGAGGCUGCACAAAGAGCCCGAAGGCAGGUCAUCGCCAUGGAAGGAGUGAGUUCAUGGGGCCAAUUCGUCAACAACGCCCGCGCCGGUAACAUUGACAGAGCAAACAUGGGUGUAUUUCAAAGUGUGGGCUCUCAGGAUGUUCAGGAGGGGCUCAAGCGAGCCACUGAAACGUACAUUUCUCUAGCCUCGAGAAGGCCGAACCAAGAACCAGCUAGCAAUGCUGCUAGCAAAGGUCUCGUUAAUCCUUCCAAAUCCGAGGAUUCGCCUAUCAACAAGCCCGCAGCACUGCCCCCUGCUGAUUUGAUCGAGUUUGAGCCCCCCACUGAUCUGAUCGAUCUGGAUUAG